AGACCAUUCAAGGUCGUUGAAACGGAACGGCGGGUGGCCUUGAAAGAACCUGACUUUUCUACCGUGCCUUUUUAGCGUGUCUGGUUGCUCUAGGUCUAUGUAAAUGCUUUCUGACUUGUUGCUGCUACUCCGCUUGAUUCGCACCAACAUCCUUUGCUUUUUCUAACACAUGUGCACAAGUACUUCACCUGUUUCCAGCUUAUUGUUCAAUUAACCCAUCACAUAUACGAUACACAUAUAAGUAGUAUUGUCUAUGGAUUUUCGGGAAUUACCUUGUUUUUAUUGUCCUGGAAUCCUUUCAAACAAAGCAAUAAUCAUAUAUAAGUUUUAUCUGAGCGACCACCACUUAGUUCUACGUAGAACUAGAUGGUGGUCGUGAUCAGAUACGGUGAGCACAAAAUAAUAAGAAUUGUAGCACAUUGUCGUAGUUUUUCAGUAGAAAACGUUUGCUCACUUAUUACUCAUUAAAAAUCACACGUUAUUAGGUGACCGAACUUCCAAAGCAACCUAGUGACUCAGCAAGUUCAUUUGCUCACACUACCUAGUUUCCAAUUAUUUGAUGUCUAAAACGUAUGGGCUACUCUUUAGCAGCAUUCAUAAACAGAUAGGAUUGACUUAGUAGAGUUGGAAAACCUUAAUUUCAGGUGAGAGGAAAGUAUGGGUGACGCAGUCAUGAUGUGUUGUGAAAAUUCAUUUCCUAAUUGCGUUUCAGUAUCUAGCGUUUUGCGUUGCCUGAUGGUUAAAGCCUUGUUAUUCCAGCCACUGAGUUCGUGGCCAUCACUAUUCGCUUCCAUUUCAGCAGUCGCGAUCCAUUUAUUUUGUAACUGCCUUUACCAACUGAGAGAGUGAUUUUGAACAUCUGCACAUGUAUAUGUAUCAGACAGUAGGAAGGUUUUCAAAAAUCCUACAAAAAACAAGAGUAAAUUGCUUUCCAAACUAUCGCCCUUUAGUAUGUAUUGUAUAUCUUCUAUGCCUCCCAUGGUAUGUUGUUUACUUUAAAUAUCAGAAAACAAACUAAUUCGAUAAAGUUUAGCCUUUGACAUAAAAUACUAUUGCUCGACAAAGCUUGUUCCCAUAAGUCGACGCCAUUCUUCUCGAUAGUAAUACAUCUAAAUUGACAAACAGCCUGGGAGAUUACAGAAUAGUAAUUGGUAUUAGAUUAUGGGAUGACGAAACGCAACUGCUUUGAUUCCUAUUGGUUCGUUAAGUUAUUUGGACAUGUGAUAUGAUAUUUAUCUAAGGUCCGAUACAAAUACCAUGGCGUUUAGAUAAUCAGAUGACCUAUUAGAUGCGUUCGUAAUGUGAUAAUCCAAUUGUUCAUAGUCUACUCACGCUUUUAAGAUUCAUGCUACAACUAUAGAGUAUUUCGUUAACCGUUAGAUUUUAGGGUUUCCAUGUUGAAAGCUAUAACAAAGCUGAUCUGAAAAUGCGAAUAGUAUUUCUUGCGGGCGGAUAGUUUGUUUAUUAACAAAAUGUAUGAUGUAGAUGCCUAAAAGAAGUCUUCUGCCAAGACGUCAAUGUAUCAAGGUUUCUCCUUGUUUUCUACACCGCACUAUGUAAAGAAUAUUAAGACAACUGAUAAAAUAUUCUGACAUGUGCUAUUCAUUACGUUCGCAAAAUCAUUUCUUGAUGUGAGCGAUUGAGAGAUAUGAGUGUCAUCAGUUACUCAAUUAUUAAUGAACUUACAAUCUAAAUCCCAAGUCUAAUAUCGCUCGCAUCUGCUGGGACCAGCAGGUAAACAAUAAUAAGGUUAGACACAGGGCAUUAGGAAAUGAUGGUAAAUCAGUUGAUGAGGUCAUGAAUCUUCAUCGACUUAGAUGGUUAGGCCACGUGUUACGUAUGCCUGAACACCGAUUACAACGACGCGCAAUGCUGAGUAGUAUAGAGGAUGGUUGGAAGAGAGUUGGGGCGGCCAAACCAAAACAUGGUAUCAGUGCUUUAAGUCACUAACUUCCAGUCUGCGCCAUGUUGGUAUGUGCAGACUACUUGGUUGGGGUCUGCGUGACUAUCGUGACCACAAUGGUUGGAGUCUGCGCGACAUGACUCAAAAUCGGUCACAAUGGCGUAGGUGUAUACACUCUUUAUCUUCCCUUAAACCGUGAGAUUAAAUUACUUUAUAUGGUUUUUUCUACGAACUAAUUCCUUCUUCCUGUAUCAUAUCCUCAUAUGCAAUUUUUCUUUUAUAUAUUACUACCAUUGAAGUAACUACUUCUAUAAAGUUGGUGUUCAUCUUGUUGUGUUAAUGAGUUGUGGCAAGUUGGACCGAUGUAUAUAUGUACCUGGUCCUUCGUUGUAGCUGACUGACUAAAUCUGAUGUUUCAGCGACAUACCUUUCAGAUUUAAGGCUUUGGUUUAUGUACGCAACGUUGGUAUCCAAUUCUACAUACACAACGAAUUAUUCACUUCAUGCCACCUUAGAGAUUUCAGGUAUGAAAUAUAUUGACAUCUAAAACUCGGGUACAAAAAAUUAGGAUCCCUCAUUUAGAGACUCCCUACUAUAGUAGCUAAUUACCAACUUAAUUACAGCAAUUCAUGUAUUAACUGGUCCUCGAGAAAGUAUUUAUCUCUUCGUAAUAAUGUCUCAUUUCAUCUGUUCUCUCUAAUAUGACACCAUUCUUAUAACUGGGCCUGGUUCACCAUUUUUUAUAAUAAAAAGUAAAACCUAAAACAAAAGUAAAUUUUAUUUAAUCAAUCCUAAAUCUCUGUUUCUCUGCUUCACAAAAGUUUUAUUUAUAGAAGCAUCUAACAUGCGAUUUGCAUUUUAAUCUAGGGAAUUAAUGUCUUCUGAAGUUAUUAAUUUUUCUCCGGUCUCCAACAAAUUUACUGUUGCUCUGUGCGUACUGAAUCAGUGGGCGCUUGACUUUAGUGGAAAUACCAGACGUGUGAUUGAAAGUGUUAAAACUGCUAAACGUUUGGGAGCUAAGUAUAGAGUUGGCCCAGAAUUAGAGAUCUCAAGUUACGGAUGUGAAGAUCAUUUUCAUGAACUGGAUACUUAUACUCAUUCAUGGCAAUGCAUUGCAAAAAUAUUGAAUGAAAUAAAUGAAAAUGUUGAAAUGCAAGAUAUUGUUUGUGAUAUUGGAAUGCCAGUUUUACUAGGAGGUGUGGCUUAUAACUGCAGAAUUCUUUUGUUAAAUGGGACUGUUCUACUGAUACGACCGAAAUUAGUCCUCGCAGAUGAAGGUUUACACAGGGAAUCUCGUUGGUUUACGCCUUGGCCUCAUCACCAGAGAAUCAUUGAUUUUGAGUUACCCGAAAUAGUCCGAAAAGUAACCAAGAAUUCUCAGUCAGUAGCAGCUUUCGGUGAUGCUAUUUUACGAUUUUCGGGAAAUGGCUAUUCUGAAUAUGUACAGAUAGGCUUGGAAACAUGUGAAGAGCUUUGGACGGGGACACCACCUCAUAUUGCUAUGUAUGCAGCUGGUGUAGAUGCUGUGCUCAAUUCAAGUGCCAGUCACCAUGAACUGAGAAAACUAAAUAGAAGAAUAGAGCUAGUGAAGUCUGCCAGUACGGCAAAUGGUGGUGGGUUCUAUGCGUAUACAAAUCUUAGAGGGUGCGAUUCUGGGAGAGCUUGUUACGACGGUUGUGCAUUAGCUGCAGUCUCCGGUCAGGUAAUUUUUCUGAGCCCACAGUUUGGAUUUGGAGAUGUCUCUGUUGAAACUGUCACUGUUUGUCUGAAUUCACUGAGAUCAAGGCGAAUCGCCAGUCGUUGUUUUGGACGUGCGGCUGCAGCUAGUGCAGCUGCAAAAUCCGAUGCAUUUGGUAUUACACACAGUUGUUAUCCAGUUGUUAAGGUUGAUUUCAAUCUUUGCCAUAGUGACCAUUGGCCUGAUCAGUCCUUACAACCACACGUUGAUACUCAUAUUCUUUCACCUCCAGAAGAGAUUUCUUAUGGUCCUGCAUUAUGGUUGUGGGAUAAUUUACGACGAAGCAAGUCUUCAGGAUUUUUUCUUUGUUUGAGUGGAGGUUUGGACAGCGCAGCAGUUGCGUGUAUUGUGUUCAGUCUUUGUAACCAAAUUUUUCAAGCUAUAAAACAAGGUUAUAUGUCCGUUACACACGAUUUACGUACUAUAUUGAAUGAAUCGGAUAAAUAUAUUCCUGAGAGUGGUCGUCAGUUAUGUUCCCGUUUACUAACAACGUGUUUUAUGUCAAGUGAGAACAGUUCUACGCUUACAAGAUCACGUGCUAAUCGCUUAGCUAAACUUUUAGGUUCAAAUCAUUUAGAAUCCGAUAUUACACCACUGGUAAAAGAAUUUGUCCACAUGGCUUCCAAGACUCUAGAUCUUGCUCAACCACCUCGUUUCACUGUUCAUGGAGGUUCAAGUAAAGAAAGUUUAGCUCUUCAAAAUAUACAAGCUAGAAGUCGUAUGGUUUCAGCAUAUUUACUGGCUCAGUUGAUGUCAUGGAAUUGGAAUUUGCCGUCAGGUCUGUUAGUUUUAAGUAGUGCAAAUCUAGAUGAAGGACUAAGAGGUUAUUUAACAAAGUAUGACUGUUCCAGUGCAGACUUAAAUCCUAUUGGGAGUAUAAGUAAGUCAGAUUUACGAUUAUUUAUUGCUUACUGUGCUCAAACAUUCCCAAGUUAUAUGGAUUCUAAAAGUGGAGUUGAACUUUCGGAAGUAUUGCUAGAAAUUUUAUCUGCUCAUCCAACAGCUGAACUAAUGCCACUUCAAUCUAACGGUGAAAUUAGUCAGACAGAUGAAUGUGAAAUGGGAUUGACCUAUGACGAAUUAUCAUUAUUCGGUAGACUUAGAAAAAUAUCUAACUGUGGACCAUAUAGUAUGCUAGAAUCAUUACUGGACGGUAGUUGGUUACUGAUUAAGAAGGUUAUACCUGAUAGUUGUUUUCAAGAAGAUGGAAAACCUGGUGCCGAACUUGCUCAUUAUCUUAAUGAAAAAGUGAAGCUAUUUUUCCGUUUCUAUGCUAUCAAUCGUCACAAGGCUACUAUUUUACCACCAGCUUAUCAUACUGAGGCUUAUAAUGCUGAUGAUAACCGGUUUGAUUUCCGUCCGUAUUUGUAUCCUAGUGACUGGAAUUGGCAAUUUACUUGUCUAGAUUUACUGGUAGAAAAAUGGGUAGAACAAUUCAAGUGAAUCUAUUCGGAUCGUCUCAUUUGUGAACCUGUCUACUGGAACAUAUUUUUAAUCCUAGUCAACCUAUAUUAUUUAGAAUCAUUUGCAUAUUUUUACACAUUCACACAGCAGAAUUAUUUUUAGUGUGGUACUUCCAUAAGUUUUCUUAUGUGAUAGUGGAUUUUUUGUGAACAUUGUGUACCAUAACUUUAUCAAACCUCAACAAGUUAAAUUAAAUUGUGAUUUCCGUGUGAGAUAAUGUGGAUGAGGUAUGUCAUCGCU